UCCUGACAACAUUUUAAAAAAUGUGUGUUGCUUGAAACUUAGCGCAACGUCAAAAGCCGCAAAAUCAAGUGGUAUUUGCUGCCGGUAAGAGAAAAUUGACAACAGUCAUGUGUACUCUAGCUGAUGGUCCCCCACCCCCAAGAGAAGGUUUUGUCACGGUGUGUGAAUUCAACAGUGACCUACACACAGCGCUUGCAGGGGAGUCCGAUUUGAGUAAAUAUACACCAGGGAUGCAGGGUUUGGUGUAUCCCAAAGUCACCCUUGCUGUUGAGACAUUAUCAUCGUUAGCUAUAGAAGAGGAUGCUCGGUCGGCCUUCUUACCAUGCAAUGCACAUAUCUCCAUAUGGAAGAAAGCUUGGUAUGCAUGCAAGGAGCAUGGUACGUGUGGUAUGCUGGAGGAGUUAGCCAAUAGCAAGACGGAAGCAUCUUGGAUGGUUUCAUCAAUUGCAUGUGGUUGCCUAGCAGCCAUCAGAUGGGCUAAUUCACUACAUGGGUCCCUCUACCCUCAUCUUGUAUUAUCCAGUGAAGCUAUGGUGUCAGUGUUCAGUCCAACACGUGACUGGCAAGACUCCGCUAUACGAGCACUAGCCUGGCAUCCACACACCAACAAAUGUGCAGUAGCCUGGAAGGACGAUGUGGUCAGAGUUUUUACAGCCAAUAGUGAAGUUGUUCCCACAUUGAAGCAUCGUUUUCAACGUGUUGUGGCGUUCUUGGCAUGGAAGCCUUUAUCUGCAUCUGUUCUGGCUGUUGCUUGUCAAACAUGCAUCAUGAUAUGGAAUGUAGACCCUAAAUCCCUUUCCACAAGACCAUCAGCAAGUUGUGCUCAAGUAUUGAGUCAGAAUGGUCACGGUCCGAUUACUAGUCUAGCGUGGGAUCCUCGAGGUAGAAUGCUGGUCUCUGCUUCUCCCAGUGAUACAGCUAUGCCGGUAUGGGAUGUGCCAAGAGAAACAUGUGUGACUCUGAGAAGAAGUGGAGGAGGGGGAGUGUCUUUACUCAGAUGGUCUCCUGAUAAUACUAAGCUGUUUACUGCUACCCCAUCUGAGAUGUUCAGAGUUUGGGAGACAAGAACUUGGACCUGUGAGAAGUGGACAGGUCUAUCCGGUCGUUGCCAAGCAGCUUGUUGGAGCCCAGACAGCAAGACACUGCUAUUCUGUACUGAGAAUAAACCCAUCAUAUACGCCUUGGGUUUCAAUGAGACUGGUGAUGUGAUUGGAGGAGCUCGGGCUGCUGUUACCUGCGCUGAUCUAUCAGAAGUUACCGUAGACUGUGAUCAGCAGCAGAUCAGUGUUGGAGGCUUGAUUCAGGACCUUGCAUGGGAUCCUAAUGGAGAGAGAUUAGCCGUCUUAUUUAAGUCGACUGAAUCAAAUAAUCUCAUUGCGUUAUUCAAUACAAGACUGGAACCUGUCUUAGAACUCAUCCCAAGUGGUUUUGUGCGAGGCGAGCCUGGUGAUAUCCCACAGCUGGUAUCAUUCCAACCAAACUUCCAACAUGGAUCGCUCCUUACAGUGUGCUGGCAUACUGGUAAGGUAUCCUUCAUACCACUGAUGUACAUACCAACCAAGUCACUACAGGACAACUCUACGUCACCAUUCAACUAUGCAGGCGCCAAUACACCAUUCUCACAAGAGCUGUUCACACAGAAUGAACCACAGUGAAGUUCUCAAAGUUGGAUUGAUUUCUCUAUGCACGAAAGGUAGCUUCCAUGCUUGUGUACUGAACUGGACACUUUCAUAGAGACGCUUAACGACCUAUUUUGUGCUUACUAUUUCAUAGCGAUGCCAACCAUAAGCACGUGGAAAAGGCAACAAAGCAAAUCCAUGGUGAACGCACAAGAUGACCGCCUUGCUAACUUGUGAAAUACACUUGCACCUUUCUUAGCAGAGUUUUCUGCUACCUGAUGAAGAGCAAAGCGACUUAGAUUGAAAAUCUACAUGACUUGCUGUCAAGGAAGACUCUAAUGGUGUUUGAAAUGCAGUGGAGCGAAUGAAGAUUAUAAAAUGGUUCACAUAAUUGUAAAAACUUGAAACCAAUUUUGAAAAUUUCCACUUUCUGUAUUGGACAGACAGUGCCUAAACCAAAGCCCGACUCAGAACCUAAGCCCUGGUUUCAAAUUUGACUCUGGCUUUGGCUCCUCACUGUGGGAGGCGGGGCCUAGGCUGGAAUGAAUCCAUGCAAAUGCAUUUACAGGAGAGAGACCUAAUUAUUACAAGGUACCAAAACACAUAAUCUGACACAUUGUUUAAAUUUCUUGUAAUGUUUAUUCCUGAUAAGCGAAUGUAGGAAAAAAUGGAUAUGUUACAAUGAAGAAGCAAUGAUUUUAUUUUGACAUUCCUUGAAAAUAGGUCAACAUGUAUGAAAUAAAUGACAUUACCUUUAAAUGUAAAUUGAAAUAAACCAAUUGAGUUUCAGAUCUGAAAAUAAUAAUAAUGAUAAAAAACUUUUGUCAGGUUAGCACAUUUCACUUACAAAGAUUCUAUUGAAUGCUGGUUAGUGUUAAAAAAAAUUACCCCGCCACUGCCAAAAUAAAUUAAAAAAAGUUUGCAAAUUUUGCUUGACUUUUAAAUGCUGUUAUCGUGUACUAUGUACAUUGUGACCACAAAAUAUUUCACAGACCUUUGACGAUAAAAAAAGCGCCAAAGAUUGUGGUUGUUUUGUCUUCCUAAAAAUGAUCCUUCUUAACCUCAAGGUAUACAUUUGAAACAUUGCGGCAUGCAAAAUAAAGAGGUUAUGCCUCUUUUGGAUUAUCAGGUGUUUUUAAAAUGAAAGGUGUAUGGACUGAAUAGUCGUGUCACACAAGGCAAUUUUGACAGGCAACUUUAAAUAAACCAACUGCACUACAAGGCAGCAUAAGAGAGUCUUGACUAUUCCUUGACUCAUCUUAGGCAUGAUAUUUGUCCUACUUCAGUCUGUUUCCCCGAUUUUUGGGGCCUUUUGGAAAAAUCCCGAGUACUGUGAUUAAAGCCAUUGGACACUUUCGGUAAACAGUAUUGUCCAAAGGCCCAAACUUUGUGUAUCAGAACUU